UACAAACAUACAAUUUCACAUGCACAUGACACCCAGACCCGAAACAACAAUCUGUGGAUUAAUCGUUACAUACAGGUAUGUAUGUAACGAUUAAUACCUAUAAAAUUCUCUGAAUGACUGACAAAUAGAAUAAUGCACAAUUUAUGCCACUGAUGACCUAAAACUUAGAAGGUCUUUUGUAUGACGGAGCAUAUACCACGGUGCGAGAGACCGGGCUCACCGACUAUGUAAGACAAUAAUUAUACGUCAUCAGUGGCAGUUUAAAAAAAUAACAUAGAUAUUACUUGUGUUUAGUAGAUUCUUUAAUUUAACAAUUUUGUAGGGCGUAUCGAGGUGACACCAUCGGUGGGUUCGAAACCUUGCAAGUAUCAAUGAACAUGUGCCGUAGGCACAUAACUAUCUAUUGUAUUAGUCUAUGCGAAUGUAUCGAUUCUUAACUAUCGCAUCUAUAAUGUAUCUACUCAUUGUCUCUAACGCCAUAUAAUAAAUAGUGUUAAUCGUACCAAUUAAGCCAGUGUGUAUCAGUACUUCAUAAUAAAUGGUUGACAUAUCGGAGUUUCCUUAAUUAUACAACCCUGACGGAACAAGUGGUGACCCCGACGUGAUCCUGAAGUACAAUGGCCACUCAACCAAAGCCGCAACCUGAGGUCGUGGAACUAGCCACUGUGACUGUAUCAUCCAGAAUCCCUGAAUUUUGGAGCGACCAGCCUCGCCUCUGGUUUGUGCAGUGUGAGGCAGUCCUAGGCCCACAGAAACUUAGCGACGAAGCACGUUUCAACCUCGUUGUUACAAAACUCGGGAAGGAAGUAGUGCAACAAGUCAGUGACAUUCUGUUGAAACCACCUGAAACAAAAAAGUUCGAAGCGCUGAAGACCCGUCUUUUGUCUGUGUAUGAGGAGUCUGAAACACGGCAAUUCCAGAAGCUUCUCGGUGAGAUGGAGUUAGGCGACCAGAAGCCUUCGCAGCUUUUGCGCCGCAUGAAAGAUCUCGCGCGUGACAAAGUUCCUGAUGAGACGCUGCGUUUGAUGUGGCAAGGUCAUCUUCCAUCACCAGUCAGAGCCGUACUCGCUGUCACCGAGGUCACAAAUUUGGACAAUCUCGCCGUGAUUGCCGAUAAGGUAAUAGAAACUUCAAAACCGCUGCAAGUAUCGGAAGUUCAAACUGCGUCCAAUACGAACAAUGACCAAUCUUAUAUUAUAGCUGAAUUAGCUAAACUCAGCAUGAAGAUCAGGGACAUGGAGAGAGGCAGAAAUAGAGUUCGAAAUUUUAAUAGACCAUUUAAUCGGAGACAGUCUCGAUCAAUGUCACGCGGACGUAACCUGAGCCGUCGUACACCUGACUCGCCGGAUUGGUUGUGUCAUUAUCAUUUUAAAUUUCAUAAUCGAGCAAGGAAAUGCGUAGAGCCGUGCGCAUGGAAAAAGAAUGAACAAAACAAGGGAAACUGAAACAGGCACAACUGCAGGCGGAGGUGUGUGCUAUCAAUCCAGUUAGCCGCCUAUGUAUUAUGGACAAUAACAGCGGGAUGCAAUUUUUAGUAGACACUGGUGCUAAUAUAUCUGUGUUACCCGUGACAAGAA